AACGGUGAGUUGAGUUCCUGCUAGAGACACAUGAUGGGAAACUGAAAGCCUUACGUGCGCUCCUGGAGUUUGACUGCGAAAAGUACAGUAAUCCUACAUGUGGUCGAGACGAUGGAGUCCAAAAUAAAAUAACAGAGGUGACUGAAGCAUCAAGCCACAGUAGGACUCCAUCAAGCCGAAGGGGCCGCAACAGAAAUGGCAAACCUGAACUGGAAGCCGUUUGUCUAUGGGGGAAUGGCCUCAAUUGUCGCAGAAUUCGGUACAUUUCCCAUUGAUCUCACAAAAACACGACUCCAGGUUCAAGGGCAGACACACUGUAUGGAGGUCCGAUAUCGGGGCAUGUUCCACGCUUUGUUCAGGAUUGGCCGCGAAGAAGGCAUCCGGGCAUUGUACUCUGGAAUUUCACCUGCACUCCUCCGACAAGCCUCCUACGGGACAAUCAAGAUCGGUACAUACAACACACUGAAGAAGCUGUUUGUUAGUCGUCCAGAAGAUGAGACUAUGGUGAUUAAUGUGUUUUGUGGUGUGGUGUCUGGAGUUCUGUCAUCCUCUUUGGCAAAUCCAACUGAUGUGCUUAAGAUUCGCAUGCAGGCUCAAGGGAGCCUGUUACAGGGAAGCAUGAUGUCUAAUUUCAUCAACAUUUACCAGACAGAAGGCACACGAGGCCUGUGGAGGGGUGUAAUUCCUACUGCACAGAGGGCGGCCAUUGUGGUGGGUGUAGAGCUGCCAGUCUAUGACAUCACUAAAAAGCAUUUGAUUCGUUCAGGGCUCAUGGGAGACACUGUGUUAACUCAUUUCAUUUCCAGUUUCACGUGUGGUCUGGCAGGUGCUUUGACCUCCAACCCAGUGGAUGUGGUGAGGACACGUAUGAUGAAUCAACGUGUGCUCGCAGGUAACCCUCUUUACAAGGGCACCCUGGACGGACUCAUGCAGACAUGGAAAAACGAAGGCUUUUUUGCUCUCUAUAAAGGCUUCUGGCCCAACUGGCUGCGUCUGGGGCCCUGGAACAUAAUUUUCUUCAUCACCUUUGAGCAGCUGAAGAAGCUUCCAUUGUAGCUGAGUUUGUGACUUCACUGAGCUGUGUGUGUGUGUGUGUGUGUGUGUAUGGGGCUUCUGUCCUUCAGCAUUUACCAUCCUUUCUCCAUCACCCACCUUUAAGUAUUUUUAUUUAGGAACCUUUUUGUUUUCAUUAGCAUAUACUUGAUCUAUUUUGCACCUCAAUGCUUUAUUUUUUUCGCUCCUGGCAGCUAUCUCGUCCGUCAGCACCAUGUCCACAGGCCCAGUGGUGUUUUCAUAAUAUACACUUGGUCGGCUAGAAGCCGCACUGGUGAAUAUUUGAGGUAAAGGGCUAUAGCGAAAACUGGAAACCACCAGGCAUAGUUUCUCCACACUGGCUUGAGAGUUUAGCAUCAUCAAAGUCACUAAAAACACAUCUGUCAUGUGGGGAAUGUAAAGCAAUAGUUUAGUGUAGAACUAAAUGCAGUUGGUGAAUAUAAACAGGAAUAUUUGAGGUCCACACACUUCAAAUUAGACAUUAUCCUUGUAAUUUAAACUGUUCGCAUGUAAACACAGCUUCUGUGAUAAGAAUGUAUUUUGCUUCUGUAACUGCAGAUAUGAUAGAAAUUGCCCAUGUUGUAAACUUUUAUGCAGCCCAAAUCAAUACCAAAGGAACUACUAAGGGGUAAUACGGCCUCAUGUCCUGAACCUUUGAGCUCAAUGGGCCUUAUUCAUAAAACACGAGCCAAAUUCAGUGUAGUCUAAAUCAUUCACAAGUCUGUUCUUGCGCAAGUUGUCGCAUUUAAUUCAAGGUAGCACAGACAUUUUGUAAUGCUUGUUUCAUAAGGCCCAAAAAGUGCGCAAAAAGCUUGUUUUAUCCCAUAUCAUUUCAAGGACCUCUGAAAAACUUCAUGAAAAUGGGUGAGAAGUUUAUGCUUGAACAUGCACAGAAUUAUAAGCACUUGUGAUAAGUUUUUAUUUUCCUUCUUUUUUUUGCUGUGAUGUCUUCAUUGUACAUUUGCAUGUGUGUAUGUAGUGUUUGUGUGUGUGUGUGUGUGCGCUUGUGUUCUGAGAAGCACAUGUAAAAUGUCAAAUAUUUUGGCAGCCGUCAAAGUGUGUAAAUACUGCUACUGUACGAUAGAAUAAAAGUUAGCAUAUAUAGUUUUUUUGUUUGUAUGUUUGUUAAUUUUAAACCAGAUUUUGUGGAAAAGGGUGUCAGUAGCAUUUUGAGUGCUUGCCUCUUUGCCAAAGUGUACAUGUAUUAAACCAGAACUGCACUGUUGAUGCUGGUUUUUAAAAGUGACACAUUAUUAUUGUUAUUAUUGGGAAAGUACUGUUACAUAUUUAUCAUUGUAUGUCAUCAUAUUUCAAGCCUUACCACUUCCUGCUUUUAUAUUUAUGCCUUUGCCUGAUUGUUUUAUGCCUCUCGGUGUGCUCGCCAAACAUGAAGUGUUCAACUUCUGCUAUAAUUUGCUGUCUAUAUUGUUCAUAACCUUUAACAUGCAAAUCAAACUGUACUGUAAACUUCUAAGCAAACAUUCUUGCUUAAGUUGUAUGGACAAGCUGUUCCUCAUAUGACUUUAAGGGACAUGGUUGGGGUAUUCAGGGGUUUUCAUGUUUGUUAUACUUGCUUUUUUUCCUGAACUUCGGCUUUUGGUAGAUUGGUGACUACAGCAUGGUGCAUGAUAUAUUCCUCUAUAAAUAACUUUUGAAAAUGCUUAUUUCAUUGUGUAGCAAAGACCAAGAAACACAUUUAUACAUGUGCCAGUGUUUUUACUUUGGUUUACUGUUAGUCACUCAUAGAUCAUAAGGUUGAGAACCUCUCUGCUGUUGUGUUCCCUCAGGGAUUUUUUUUUUUUUUUUUUUUUUUUUUUUUUUUUUUUUUUUUCUCAAAUUUUCAAAAUUAUUUUUUUAUUUAUACUGUUUUAUUAUAUGAAAGUUUCUUUUGUGUAAAGGUACUUUUAAAUUGGUGAUGUGUUCAUUUGGAUAUAUAAUGGAAAUCAGGAUGAAUUUUCUGAAAACACUUUUAAACUGAGGGAAAUUAUAGAAAUUAUUACACAAAUUCAUUUGAUAGAUGGUAGAUCAUGAAAACGUGCAGAAUGAAAAAGGUUUAUACACACUAAUUUGGAAAUUGGUUAUUGAACAGUAAAUGUUAUAUCAUGUAGUGACUUUAAUCCACAGUACAGCUUUUUUACUUCAUUUCCCAACAUGCAGCAAACCCGUAAAUGUAUACUAUAAUUGCUUGCAAUUGCCAAUUUCUUUGUGAUCCACUAUGUUGGUUAAGUUUCUUUGGUGAACACAGACAUUAUUUAUUACGAUCUGUUGCUUGACUAGACAAUUGUAUCAAGAAUGCCUUUUUUUUGUGGAUGGUUUGAUUUAUUUUGCUUUGUAUAAUGUAACUGUGCACCCUGACAAUAAAUACAAUGUUCACUGAAAUUUG